GGGCGCAUGCGCGGGGCGAGCCGGCUGGGGCGGGCGGGGCGCAGGGCGAGCGCGGUACCGGGCCGCGAUGGCCGCGGAGGCGUGAGCGUCCCGACGUGCUGCUGCCGCGGAACCGGAGGGGCAGCGCCCGCCGCUCGGCGCCCGCCGCUCGGCACCCACCGGCGCGCCGGCAGAGGCCGCCCCCGCCCGAGGGAAGCAUGUUCCGGCUGAUGAGGGAUGGCGAGCCGGAGGACCCCAUGUUUGCCAUGAAAUCGUUACUGGAGCUGGAGAAGACUGCUAAAGGAGUUGUCAAGUUGGACCCUUUUGCCAUCCACCGGCAGCACAUGAACCGCAUGCUUUCUGGAAGUUUCGGGUUCGGCCCGCUCCUUGGCAUCACUGAUGGGACCACGCCUGGGGCUCGCCAGGCUGGCCGUAGGAUGCAGGCAGGAGCUGUUUCACCCUUUGGGAUGCUCGGCAUGGCAGGUGGCUUUAUAGAUAUGUUUGGGAUGAUGAACGACAUGAUUGGAAACAUGGAGCAUAUGACAAGUGGUGCUAACUGCCAGACAUUUACCUCCUCAACUGUCAUCUCCUAUUCCAACCUGGGUGAUGGACCCAAAGUGUAUCAGGAGACCUCAGAGAUGCGUUCAGCACCUGGCGGGAUCCGCGAGACCAGACGGACCGUAAGGGACUCUGACAGCGGCUUGGAACAAAUGUCAAUUGGACACCACAUCAGGGAGCGGGCCCACAUCAUGCAGCGGUCCCGGAACCAUCGCACGGGUGACCAGGAGGAGAGGCAGGACUACAUCAACAUGGAUGAAAGUGAUGCAGCCGCAUUCGAUGACGAGUGGAGGCGAGAGACGUCCCGGUUCCGGCCGCAGCGGGGGCUGGAAUACCGGCGUCACGAAGGCAGCAGCGGCCGUCGGGCUGAAGGGACUCGCCUUGCGAUCCAGGGCCCUGAGGAUUCUCCCUCUAGACAGUCCCGUCGGUAUGACUGGUGAACUCAGAGCAGACCUGGUGGGGGGUGCAGCGUGGCCACCCCCAAAUCUACCUACACGCUCUUGUACAGACAGUUGAAACUCUGAAGCCCCUUCAAAACACUACUUGGACCCUCCUCAAAUUUAGUAUUAACCUCCCUCCCACUUAAGAAUUGAAACAAAGCAACUAAUCUUCUGCAUUGCUCUUUUUUGCCCCAUUUGGGUGCUGCAGUGGGGCAUGGGGAAUCUCAUGAUGUGCAAGGAACGCAUUAAUUGCCCAUUCCCUUUCUGCUCUCCUUUGGUUCUGUUCUUUCUGCCAGUAGUGGUGGGCAUGAGGAGCUGCCACCUUGCCUCUUCCAUCCUUCCCACUCGUUCUGUGCUGGGUUGGGCUGGUUCUGAUGUUUGUGUUUAGUCCCCUGUGAAAGAAAUAUGAGGGAAUUCUGCUGGAACCUUGUGUCGGUCCCCUCACCGGGACAGAGGCUUCGAUUCCCCUCCUGCUCCUUGGUGCAGCUGUGGUGAAGCAGAAGGAUGUGUGCGUUAGAGAAGGGAGGAGCUGAGCAAAAGCUGGAUCAGCCUGUGGGCCCCCUCCCCGACCCCUCUUCAAUCAGCUCCCCCACUUUUUUAAUUUGUGAAACUUGUAACUAGAUGUUUACUGAAUAAAGAAACAAACUGUAAAGAA